CCUCGACGGACGGUCCGAUCUGUGGUUGCACUUAACCCCCCUUCGCCUCCCUCCCUCCAGACAAGAAUCAUUUGGCCAGCUACGCGCCUGUUGACUGCAUCCCUCUUGUCUGCACGCGUACUUACUGCUGGAGAUGUCGUCUUGAUAGGACUUUAUCAGAGUGGCGGUUCAUAUAGAUCUUGAGUUGCUGUCCCGUACUAUCAGAAGACCGGAAAGGUAGCAACACUGGUUCCGCCACAUCGUCUCGUCAUUAGCAGCGUCAGUUCUCGAAAGAGGCUGCUAUCGUCAUUGUUUUUUUGUGUUCAACGACUGCAAUCUGCUGGAUCUGCAAUUGAUAUCAGCACAGGAAAAUCCACCUCGUCAUGGAGGGGGAGAACGACGGAAACCCCGCUUCCCUGGAGAAGCGCGUGGACCAGGCGUUGACAAAGGAAGCUGAAGAACAGCCUCGAAAGGACGCCGCUGAGAAUGAGAAAGUGAUUGAGCAGCAGAAGUCUAUAUCGGGAUCAACCGUCACGGGCGAUGGGACGAAGGCAAAAGAUGCCGGGUCGGGCUCCGCCAAUGCAGCUGCUGUGGCUGAUGCUGAUGCCGUUUUCGCUCACCUCCCGGAGCAUGAGAGAGAAAUCUUGAAGAAACAGCUUCACUCUCCGGAUGUCAAAGUGACAUUCUUUGGUCUCUACAGAUACGCUUCCAAGCUUGAUCUCUUUAUCAUCUUCGUUAGCGCCAUCUGCUCCAUCGCUGCCGGUGCUGCCUUGCCCCUAUUCACAAUUCUUUUUGGGCAGUUGGCCUCUGCUAUGCAAGGGAUCGUACUGAACUACAUCCCAUAUCAUGAGUUCUACCACCAGCUUACACAUAAUGUUCUCUACUUUGUGUACCUUGGAAUUGCAGAGUUCGUGACCAUCUACAUCAGUACUGUGGGCUUUAUCUACACAGGCGAGCAUGUCACCCAGAAGAUCCGAGAGCAUUACCUCCAGGCUAUCUUGAAGCAAAAUAUCGCAUUUUUCGACAAUCUUGGAUCUGGCGAGAUCACAACCCGCAUCACGGCUGACACCAAUCUUAUCCAAGAUGGUAUCUCCGAGAAGGUUGGCUUGACGCUAACUGCCCUCUCGACCUUUGUUACGGCUUUCAUUAUCGCCUACGUCAAAUACUGGAAACUGGCCCUUAUUUGCUCCUCCACUAUCGCUGCCCUUAUUCUCGUUAUGGGCGGUGGUUCGAGGUUUAUCAUCAAGUUUAACAAGCAAUCUCUGGCCUCGUAUGGCCAGGGGGGAACCGUGGCGGAGGAGGUGAUUAGCUCGAUCAGAAACGCCACUGCCUUUGGAACGCAAGAAAAGCUCGCUAGGCAGUAUGACAUCCAUCUGGAAGAGGCCGAGAAAUGGGGAACUAAGCUACAGAUGAUUCUUGCGGUCAUGGUCGCUGCUAUGUUCGGUAUCAUGUACCUGAACUAUGGUCUCGGCUUUUGGAUGGGCUCCCGGUUCGUUGUCGACCAGAGUGUCGGUGUCGGGCAGGUACUAACGAUCCUGAUGGCUGUCCUAAUUGGUUCUUUUGCUCUGGGAAACGUGUCACCUAACGCUCAAGCAUUCACAAGCGCUGUGGCUGCUGCUGUCAAGAUCUACAGCACCAUUGACCGCGUGUCACCCCUAGAUCCGUCGUCAGAAGAAGGCGACAAGCUCGACCAUGUAGAAGGUCACAUCGAACUGCGAAAUAUACGGCACAUUUACCCUUCACGACCGGAGGUAACUGUAAUGGAUGGUGUCAGCCUCGUGAUACCCGCAGGGAAAACCACAGCGCUUGUCGGUCCUUCGGGUUCUGGAAAAAGUACAAUCGUCGGGCUGGUAGAGCGUUUUUACAUACCUGCUGGAGGUGCGGUAUACCUUGAUGGCCAUGAUAUUCAGACACUCAAUCUUCGCUGGUUGCGUCAGCAAGUUUCACUGGUCAGCCAGGAGCCGACUCUCUUCGCGACCACCAUCUACCAGAACAUCAGAUAUGGUCUCAUUGGUUCCCGAUUUGAGAAUGAGCCCGAGGAAAAGAUCAGAGCGAGAAUCGAAGAUGCGGCUCGCAUGGCCAAUGCACAUGAAUUUAUCACAAAUUUACCGGAGGGUUAUGACACCCAUGUCGGAGAACGCGGGUUCCUACUCUCCGGCGGUCAGAAACAGAGAAUUGCCAUUGCUCGUGCUGUUGUCGGCGAUCCCAAGAUCCUCUUGCUCGACGAAGCGACGUCUGCAUUGGACACCAAGUCAGAAGGGGUUGUCCAGGCAGCUCUGGACAAGGCAGCUGAAGGAAGAACCACCAUCGUCAUUGCGCAUCGUCUGUCGACUAUCAAGACUGCUCACAAUAUCGUCUGCUUGGUUAAUGGCAAGAUCGCAGAGCAAGGAGUCCAUGAUGAACUGGUUGACAAGAAAGGAACUUAUGCUAAACUGGUCGAGGCGCAGCGCAUCAAUGAGGAAAAGGAUGCACGGGCUGUGGCUCUAGAAGAUGAAGAAGAUGAAGACGAGGCUCUGGCAAAUAAAGGACUGGCGAAGACGAAGACCGCAGCAAGCUAUGGCGGCGUUUCCAAUUCCGAGGAUGAGGCGCUCAAAGAGCAAGUGAAGCGGGUUGACACUAAGAAAUCCGUAUCCAGUCAGGUGCUCUCUCGUGAAGCUCCCGAAGCCGCUGAAAAGUACUCAUUGUGGACAUUGAUCAAAUUCAUCGCAUCAUUCAACAAACCGGAACUGAAAUUCAUGUUCAUUGGUCUCUUCUUCUCGAUGCUGGCCGGUGGUGGACAGCCCACCCAGGCUGUGUUGUAUGCCAAAGCCAUCAAUUCGCUCUCUCUGCCGUCGAGCAUGUAUGCACAGCUCCGACAUGACGCCAACUUCUGGUCUCUGAUGUUCCUUGUGGUGGGUAUUGUUCAGUUCUGUACCUUCUCUAUCCAGGGUAUUGCAUUCGCUUUCAGCUCCGAGAAGUUGAUCCGUCGCGCACGCAGCCAAGCGUUUCGGACAAUGCUUCGCCAGGAUAUUUCCUUUUUCGACAGGGAAGAGAACAGUACUGGUGCCUUGACUUCUUUUCUUUCAACGGAGACUAAGCACCUUUCGGGUAUCAGUGGAGUGACUCUGGGUACUAUUCUAAUGGUCAGCACAACCCUCGGAGCAGCCUUGAUCAUCUCCCUCUCCAUCGGUUGGAAACUGGCUCUUGUCUGUAUGGCGGCAGUUCCUGUCCUCCUGGCCUGUGGAUUCUACAGGUUCUGGAUGCUGGCCCAAUUUCAGGAACGAGCCAAGAAGGCCUACGAAUCGUCUGCUAGCUACGCGUGCGAGGCAACCACAGCCAUCCGAACGGUGGCAUCGCUUACCAGGGAAAAUGACGUGCUCGAGGUUUACCACGCCCAACUUGAAGAGCAAGGGAGGAAGAGUCUCGUUUCUGUUACCAGAUCUUCUAUCCUCUAUGCUAGCUCUCAGGCACUCGUUUUCUUCUGCGUUGCACUUGGAUUCUGGUGGGGCGGAACUCUUCUCGGCCACCACGAGUACUCGAUUUUCCGCUUCUUUGUCUGCUUCAGUGAGAUUAUCUUCGGAGCUCAGUCCGCUGGUACUAUUUUCUCAUUCUCUCCUGAUAUGGGCAAAGCAAAGAAUGCGGCUGCACAGUUCAAACGGUUGUUCGACCGCAAGCCGACGAUCGAUGUGUGGUCACCCGAAGGAGAAGUACUUCAAAGUAUGGAGGGUACGAUCGAAUUUCGCGACGUGCACUUCAGAUAUCCGACUCGCCCGGAGCAGCCUGUCCUUCGAGGCUUGAAUUUAACAGUUAAGCCGGGGCAAUAUGUGGCUCUAGUCGGCGCUAGUGGAUGUGGAAAGAGUACGACGAUUGCUCUCCUUGAGCGUUUCUACGAUGCCCUCGCCGGCGGUGUCUUCGUGGACGGCAAGGAUAUUUCCACUUUGAACAUCAAUUCCUACCGCAGUUUCUUGUCACUUGUCAGUCAGGAGCCUACCUUGUAUCAAGGAACGGUCAAGGAGAACAUCCUUCUCGGCACCGACAGAACGGAUAUCUCUGAAGAGGCGAUCAUCAAAGCGUGCAAAGAUGCCAACAUCUACGACUUCAUCCUGUCCCUCCCAGAAGGAUUCUCCACUGUCGUCGGUAGCAAGGGAGGCAUGUUGUCUGGUGGUCAGAAGCAACGUGUUGCCAUUGCUCGUGCCCUUCUCCGUGACCCUAAGGUUCUCCUGCUCGAUGAAGCCACCUCUGCUCUAGAUUCCGAGUCCGAGAAAGUUGUCCAGGCUGCUCUUGAUGCCGCUGCUCGCGGUCGUACGACCAUUGCUGUUGCCCACCGUCUCAGUACUAUUCAAAAGGCCGACAUUAUCUACGUCUUUGACCAAGGCCGGAUCGUCGAAAGUGGCACCCACAGCGAACUUCUCCGGAACAAGGGCCGCUACUUUGAGCUAGUGAAUCUGCAGAGCUUGGGAAAGGCCCACUAGUGUCUCUUGCAUGAUUCCUAGCCAUCUCCCCUCACUUCACCGACUAUAUAUCUUACCUAACGCGUUUGGGUGAACGUUGUGCUUGAUUUUUUUUUUCCAACGCAUAUAUAAUGCUAGAUACCAUAGACUUACUGUUCUUCUGUCUU